AUGGUGAAUUCCACCGUGGCGCCUGCCCUCACCUACUGGGGCCAAUUUCAGGAAAUUUCCCAGCACAAUGCCGACCUCAAUGUGGCUGAAAAGCUUUGGGCCGCUUGGUAUGCCUGGAUGCAGAACGAUGUCCUGGCAACAGGCAUCAUGUCGUUCAUGAUGCAUGAGCUCGUAUAUUUCGGUCGCUCUUUGCCCUGGAUUUUCAUCGACAGCUUUGGUCUUUUCAAGGGUUACAAAAUUCAGAGUGGCAAAGUUCCAUCGCUGCGAGAGCAGUGGGAUUGCGCCAAGUUUGUCCUUCUCAGUCAUUUUACCGUGGAACUUCCCCAGAUCUGGUUGUUCCAUCCUAUGGCCCAAUUUUUCGGACUUUCCACUUCAAUUCCAUUCCCGACCUUCUUGACUAUGGCUUACCAGAUCGCCAUUUUCUUUGUGAUGGAAGAUGCCUGGCAUUACUUUUCCCACCGUGCCCUUCACUGGGGCCCCCUUUACAAGGCCAUCCAUAAAAUUCACCAUCAAUAUUCCGCACCUUUUGGGUUGGCCGCCGAGUAUGCUUCGCCAAUUGAAGUCAUGAUUCUUGGUUUCGGCACUGUGGGCUGUCCAAUCGUGUGGUGCGCGUUCACCGGUGAUUUGCAUAUUCUUACGAUGUACGUCUGGAUCGUGCUUCGCCUCUUCCAGGCAAUUGAUGCCCACAGUGGCUACGAAUUUCCAUGGAGUCUUCACCAUUUCCUCCCGUUCUGGGCUGGUGCCGAUCACCAUGAUUUGCAUCACGAGAAAUUCAUCGGCAACUAUGCUAGCAGCUUCCGCUGGUGGGACUAUUUGCUUGACACUGAAUACACUCCCGAUGCCUUGAAGCGGCGCCGACAGAACAAAGGCGUUUCUGAUAAGAAGGCUCAGUAG